GGACCACUUUCACUUGAGCAUCGCACCGCUUGACUGCCGGCGAACCGCAUUACACUGCAGACCUCAGAUCUUGAGGUUCGACCACUUGAACACCCUGAAACCUACACCUUUCGAAUAAUUUGUUGUCCGCGCAAGCGAUCUGCUCCCCGUCGUGGUAUUUCCUUGUUCAACCACCGGUCUCAGCAACGACGGGACCGUCCUUGGACGAACAGCACCGGCGAUGGCUGCCGGGUACGUCCCCCGCAGCGCCAUGCGCCGACUGAUGAAAGAGUGGGACACGUGGAACACCGAAUCGGCCGGCGAGCAGGGCAUUGAGCGCCUCGGCCCCGUCAGCGACGACGAGCUGCUUACUUGGGAGUCGGUCAUUAACGGCCGUGGGGUCGGGCACGGCUACGAGAACGGCCGCUGGCUCCUCCGCAUCUCGAUCCCGCCCACCUACCCGAUCCAACCGCCCCAAAUAUCCUUUGCCACGCCCAUCGUCCACCCAAACGUGAGCCUCGAGACGGGCGAGAUAUGCCUCGACCUGCUCAAGGACAAAUGGACGCCGGCGUACAGCGUGCUCAAUUGCGUGCGGGCGAUCCGUAUCCUGCUGAGCACGCCCGGCGUGGACUCACCGCUGAACGUUGACGUCGCGGCGCUGCUGAGGGACGGGGAUGCGUUGGGCGCGAGGAGGCUGGUUGAGUUGUGGGUGGAGGAGGAAAAGUAUGAGGGGAAGUAGGCAGAGACGAUGGAGUCUGUGUACAGGUUGCAUGGAGUUUCUGGAUUGUCUUUUCUCUCGCGGCAUGGGAGCGUGGCGCUGGCCGGCGUGUCUUUUGCAUACAUACAGACGUACAUACACAUACCCAGAAUGCUGGGCAGGGAGGAAGCCGGAGUUAGCUUGUUCACUUGGGAGUCGGGAAGCCGUUUUAUCAUCGAGACCAUAUAGAACACCACCCACGAGGUACCACGACAUGGUUCUUGUAACAAUGUCGCAAAACAAUGAUACCCAUCAGAUCCUCUAUGUUUCUCAACGCCAUGCUUACGCCCUUACCGCAGCUGAUUCAUGGUUGCCCGCAACGUCCAGCCCAAAAGUCAA